CUGAAGGUUCUGCUGCGGUCACUGAGGCGGCGGCGGCGGGGUCGAGACGGAGCCGCGCUCCGGCCCCAAGGAGCAGGGAAGCAGACGGCGAGGGGCAGCGGCGAUCGCCCGCCGCCUCCCCCACCACCUCGGUUGGGAUGUCCCGCGGCCCAAGCCACCAACCUCCCCCCAACGCCACCGCCUCCUCCCAACACCGCAAGCCGUCGGAGCCGCGUGGCGCGCCCCAUCAUCUUGCCCAGGAGUCGUUUCUGGCCAGCGGCAGCAGCGCCGCCGCCUCCCAACACCGCAAGUUGUCGUCGGACCCUCGCGGGGCGCCCCAUCAUCCUGCCCAGGAGCCGUUUCUAGCCAGCAGCAGCGCCGCCUCCCAGCCCCGCCGGCCGUCCGACCCUCGUAGCGCGCCCCAGUCCCGCGAGCAGUUUCUGGCCAGCAGCGCCGCCACCCUCGCCGGCGCCUCCCAACACCGCAAGUCCUCGACGGAGCAGCGUGGCGCGUCCCAGUCCCAGGAGCACCGCAGGCCCUCGGACCCUCGCGGCCCGCCCCAGUCCCGCGAGCAGUUUCAGGCCGGCAGCAGCAGCAGCAGCGCCGCCGCCGCCUCGCAACACCGCAAACUGUCGUCGGAGCAGCGGGGUGGCGCGCCGCCCUACUAUUCCCAGGAGCAGUUUCAGGCCAGCACCAGCAGCGCCGCCGCCUACUCCCAGUACCGCAGGCCGUCGGACCCUCGUGCCCCGCCCUUUUCCGAGGAGGAGUUUCUGUCCGUUUCCCGCGAGCUGGCCAAGUCCAGAGCGAAGCCCGACGCCCCCUGGCACCUGCUGUACGAGGCCAUGGGCCUCAGCAUCUACCGGCUCCAUGACGAGAAAACUGGACUGUAUGAGUAUAAGCUUUAUGGUGUUAUUGUUGAUUGCUCUCCAGAGCAACUUGCUGAGGUUUACAUGGACUUACAGUACAGAACAAAAUGGGACCGCUAUUGUAAAGAGUUAAAUGAGAAAACAUGCGAUGGCAGAACAGCGAUCUACUGGCAAGCGAAGUUCCCUUUCCCCUUGGCAAACAGAGAUUAUGUUUUUACUCGUGAACUGCGAGUUAUAGAAGUUGAUGGUAGGAAGAUCUAUGUUGUAUUGUCUAAAAGCGUGGCUACUUCUAAAUUCCCAGAAAAACCAGGAAUUAUCAGAGUAAAGAACUAUAAACAAUGUGUGGCCAUUGAAAGUGAUGGCAAGAAAGGGUCAAGAGUUUACAUGUUCUACUUUGAUAAUCCUGGGGGCAAACUUCCUUCAUGGUUUAUUAACUGGGCGACCAAGACAGCAGUACCUAACUACUUGAAAGACAUGCAGAAAGCAUGCAUCAAUCUUCACAAGAAAAGACAUUCUACUUCUUGAAUUUGAUCCAGACACGUGGUUUAAAGGUGUGUUUGCCAAAGGUGGAUACAUGCAUGGAUAAUCAGCCUUGAUACAUCCAUCAAAUAACAUCUGUCUUUUAGUGUGGUAAUCAUGAGCCAUGCAAGUCCACAGGCAUAUGACAAUGGAACAUAUUAAACGUUUUGCUUUUGAUUUUC